GUGAUAUUGGAGGCUCAAAGUGGACGACCAAGGCGCCGCCAACAUUUGCCUGCUAACAAACAUUGCCUUAUCCGGUAACGUCAUAUUCAAUCGCUCAAUGUUGGGUUGUAUGACUUUGCCAAAAGGAGAUGGAUGACGAGCUGGAGAACUUCAUCAGGGAGCGGAAGGCGAGAGUGGCUGAGGAUAAAGCCAGUUUAAAACAAGACCCUCCUUACAUGGAAAUACUGGCAAAACCCCACAGAGCCUAUGGGUCGACUGUUAAGGAGAACAUCCCUCCCAAGUCUAUAGCACAGGGGAAAGAGGACAGUUGCACUGUAGGUCUACCUCUGGGUGUGGAGUAUGAGAGGAAGAAACAGAGACUGCAGCAUGAGCUCCGUAUGGACUACAGGCGCUACAUGGCUCAGAAAAAACACUUUGACCAUGGAGAGCCUGGACCGUUAAAUCACCUUGAUAACAGGAGAUCUCUCAAGCAUCACCUGCUUGAAAACCAGGCAGGUGAUCUUCCCAAACAGCGACCUCCCUCACGGAGGGACGCUGCCACUCUGACAGAGGACAGCAGGGGGUUGCACAGGGCUUUGCGCCUCGCCGAGGUUAGGACCCUCUACUCUGAGGAGGACGAGGAGCGGGCGUCAGUACUUCCCAGGCUGUUGGACUCGGAGGAGGAGGAAUACUUGCAUGAGCUGGAGCUGAUGGAAGGAAGAAGGCUUAGACGUGUAAAGGCUGAUGCCAGGUAUGUUUAUGUGUGUAUGUUAGAAGCAUGUUAUAAAGUAUAUGACUUGUUUUUUGUCCUUAUUGAUCAUUUUCUGUGUUUCUUCUCUUUGUCUUUUCCCAGGGAGAAGAGAGACAAUCUAGUCGGCAGACGAUCAAGAGCUCUGAGCAAAAAUGAGGACGCAGAGUUUACCACUGGCCUUAUAAUAGGAGCAGCGUAUACAGAAGAUGCCUUAAGGAGGAGGAAGGAGCGCUACAGACAGGAGCUGCAGGAGCAGAUGGCUGAACAACACAGGAACAAGAAAAGGGAGAAAGAUUUGGGGCUGAAAGUUGCUGCGACGGGGGCAAAUGAUCCUGAGAAACAGCCGGACCGAAUCAGACAGUUUGGAAUGUGCAGAAGAGAAAAUCCUCAGGUGUUUGAACCUUCAGCAACAGGAGAGAGUGAGAUGUCAUCCAGACGUCUCCUUCAUAAUGUGAAGAUGGGUGUUGGAGACAGAGAGACGUCUCCUCCUGAGCAGCCCCAUGUUGCCUUCCAGUCCCCUCUGCUGGAGUACAGCUCUGCCCUGAGUCUGUCUCCCAACAGCCAGCCUGCUGCCCCCUCCUUCCCCAGAGCCGUGGACACUCCCAGAAUCCCCUUGUUUCCUCCUCCUUCAACUGUGAGUGACGCCUACAGGAGUUCCUACGCAGAGCCCCGUCACUACUCCAGCACCAGAAACCUGCUUGACCCGAACAUGGCCUACUACGGUCACCUGUCUGCUCCCGGUGCCGGCCUACCCGUGUCCUACUGGAACGUACCACCAGGAGCAGCUUUGCCCGGCCACUUCGGUCCCCACAGCCCUCACAGCCAGCACAGUGGGAGCAGCUUCCCCGAGCCUCCCAUACAGCCGCGCAGUGAGGCCGCUCGUGUGGACUCGCAGGUCGGGGUGUUCCCUUCAGACAGAUCCAGAUCAACCAGGGAGAGGGUUCUGAGCUACAGGGAGGCUUUGAAACAACAGAUCCAGGAGCAGCAGGAGCAGAAGCGUGUGGAGAGCGAGGAGAGGGAGCGCUACGAGGCCAAGCUGGAGGCCGACAUGAAGAAUCACCAGCCCUGGGGUCGAGGGGGGGGGGGAGCCCCACUCAGAGACAGCACUGGAAACCUUAUCGCUGACCUCCACCAGAUGCACAAACUGAACGAGGAGGCCUACAUCAACCCGGAGCAGUGGCAGAGGAGAGCCACGGCCACAGUGACGGCCCACCGGGCGGAGCUGCCGGACCCCAACGAGAGGGUCUCUGGUACUGUAGCAGAGCGCAGUAGCCAUGACACUAGUGACAGGCUCUCUGGUUUCACUCAUGUCCAAACCCCCCAGUUUGCCAGAGGCAACGUGUUUACCAACCAGCCCACCCAACAACAGCUCCACGAGCAGGACAAGUACAAAGCUUACCUCAAACAGCAGAUUGAUGAGAAAAUGCUGAAAAAGGCGGAGGAGAGGGAACAGAAGAGGCUGGAGGAGGAGAGGGAAGAGAAGAGGCUGGCAGAGCAGAGGGCUCACAUCCAGAGGGAGUAUGAUGAAGAGCAAGAGAGGAAGAAACGCAAGGAAAUGGAGCAAAAGGCCAAGAAUGAAGAGCUGACUCAGCUGGCUGAGCAGAGGAAGAAGGAAGUGGAGAGGAAGAAGAAUGAAGCGGAAGAGAAGGAGAGGGAAGCAGUGAGGAGGCAGUAUGAGAGGGAGAGGCAGGCUCGGGUGGAGGAGGUCUGCAGGGAGCCCUCCCCUCCAAUCCCCACGCUGCAGAAGAGACACGGGCGACACCAGUACACCCCCAGACCCCCCACUGUUGACAGCCAGCAGUCUACUGCCCCCCUGUCUGAGCGCUCUCUGUCCGGCCUGGAGUCCCCUCCUGUCCCUGCUCGUAGGAAUCAGCUCCGCGCUGCAGGUGACCAGCGCGAAGUGUUCAGUGAGCUGUCAGCGCUGCGUCGGCAGCUUCGCAGUGAACAGAAGCGUCUGGAAGAUCGUCUGCAGGAGAGCGAGUGGGAGGGACUAGACUCUCCUCUGAGUGACAGACAUCGGGAGCGCCCCCCGGUGGACGUGUUUGAUAUGGCCAGGCUGCGGCUCCAGGCGCCGGUCCGAAGGCCAAACUCUAGAAACACAGAGCGCAGAAACCUUCUGCGAAUCCACGACUCCCUUCAGCUUAAAUACACAGACGGCGAGUCCAGACUGGGCUUCAGUGAGGUUCCUAAAUUGGAGGAACUGGGAGUGGCCAGUAGGAGGAGGCGGGACUACAGGGAUCCAUAUCACCAGAGCAGCCAGAGAUCGACAGUCCACGACGAUUAUUUUGACCUAACCCCACCACAUCAAAAUGAUUAUCUGAGGAGUGUGAUGGGGGGGUCUGCAAGAUGUUCUCUGCUGGAGUCAGAGAGUGCUUUCAUUGACCGCCUAGGUGAUGCCUUCCCAGUGCCGCACACCCCAGAGUUUGACAAAGCCCCUCAGCUGUCAGCUAGGGAGAGGAGGAGGCUGGCCAAACAGCCACGGUACCCACAGGAUGGAGCUGCUUCCAGCCAACAUGAUGACAGACUGCAGCAGGAAGCAGAGCCCAGCGGCGAGGGGAGGAGCAGCCACAGGACAAGUCGUCUGAUGGCUCUCAGUCGUCGUGGCAACACAGCUGGUCCAGUGGAUUUGUCUGAUGACAACUCCUCCCCUCCCCGAUUUUCUCUUCACAAUCGUAACCAUCGAAGCUCUGUAGAAACUGUUUCCACGGAUCCCUGGAUACGGCCAGAAACAUCCGACACACUGCACUGUUUGGACCAACAAUCAAGGAGGGAGCAGUUAGCGACGUAGCGGCGCGCCCCCACAAGGCCGCUCGUCUUAACCCGGCCGCCCCUCUGUUUUUAAAUCACGAGAUCGUGGUUGGUUUACAAAACAUGGUUGUUCAGAAAGGGCUGUGUGCUUGGCCUGGGGCUUUGCUGCUUGCAUCGUUAGUUAUUCAGGAGCAAAAGGGAACUGCAGUCAAUGUGCCGCGGCCUGCGAAGGCCCGCUGUGGACGACACGCUCGACUAAGGCUGCAGAGCCCUCAAGCCCCGCCCCCUGCUGCUCGCUUGUUUAUUUAUAUGGAACGGGUCACGUGUCCAAAUUGCACCAAAUUUGACACUGCACUCCCCGAGGUGCCCAGCAAUACACCCAGCAGGUGUGAAGUGGACGGAUGAACAGUUCUCGAGCUAUGUGACGGACAGACAGAGUUCUGCUUUUUGUUGAUUACAGGCUUUGUAAUGGAUGGACACGUCAUUAUGAAUGUCUGAAAAGUUAUUCUAAUUUGUGUGAAAUCGUUAACGUCAGAUUCACUAUCUGAUGUCUAUUUUAUAAAUGAAUAAAUGAUAUUUUAAAUAUAUGAA